AUGGAGGAGCCUCAGCAGGACGAUUUGUUGGAGCUGGAGGAGACUCUCGAAUUGCAGGAGCUGGUUGCACGCGUGCUGGCCAGCAGGGGUCGCGAUGCGGCAGCCGUUCUGCCGCGCUACAAGCAGAUUAUGAUCAAGUACCAAGAGCAGCCGCAGCUGCUUGACGGCUGCCUGGAGGGUGUCGUGCAGCCGCUUGCAGCCCUCCUGCGCGAUCACGCCGCCGCAGCGGCACCACCGCCCGGCGCUGGCGGCGCGCAUCCCGGCACUCGGGCGGCCGCGGCGGAGGUGGGGGCGGUGUGCGGCGUCUGCCGGCUGCUGCACGUGUUGGUGACGGUGCGCGGCCACAAGACUGUGGUGCGCUUCUUCCCGCACGAGGCGGCAGACCUGGAGCGCGUGCUGCAGGUGCUGCUGGCGGUGCGCGCGGGCGCCGAGAGCGCCGGGCAGGGCGACGCCGCCGCCGCCUCCUCGGGCGCCCACGACGACGCGGCGCUGGCAGCGUGGGAGGCGCAGGGCGUGCUGCUGCUGUGGCUGUCCAUCUUGGUGCUGACGCCCUUUGACCUGCGCACCGUGGACAGCUCGGUCGGUGCCGCCGCGCCCGCGGGGGGCGUCACGCCGCUGGCGGCGCGCAUCGUGGAGCUGUGCCAGGGCUACCUGGACCACCCGGGCGCUGCUCGUGAGAUGGCGGCGCUGCUGCUGGCGCGCCUGCUGACGCGGCCCGACAUGAGGCCGGCCCUGGAGGGCUUCCUAGGCUGGCAGGCCGCCACGCUCGCGGCCGCACACCCCGCCAAGCUCCAGUUCCUGCUGCCCGGCGUGCUGCAGGCGCGCGCUCAGGGGCGCGUGCGGGCCGCCCUCCACGCAGGAUGGGGUGCGGCACUCGCCUGGCACCGCUGCUGCGGCUGUGGCGCGGCGGACGUGUUUGAGUGA